AUGACGAGGGAGGUGAAGGGGCUCCACGACGCGCCUCCAACAAGGAAACGACGUCCGCCGUCGACGCCGGCAUCGACCAAGGCCGAGCAAGGUUUUCACCCGGAGGUCACCAAACCCAUCAUCACCACAGCCAAUCACCACCGACGGCGGCCAAGCACUCUACACCGCUCUCCACCGCCAACCGCCUCUUACACGGCCAGCAAAACCACCACGGCACCACACGCCGUCAUGGCAGCCCGGCACCCACCGCCAAAGAGCGGUGCCGCCGCGCCGCCAUCCUCCCUCCUUGCUGCCGCAGCCAAACCACAAUGCCGCCUGCAGCCCACUGAACUCGAGGCUGACCACCACACAUCAGAUCUGGGGCAGCCUCGCCCGGAUCCGUGCCCCGGACGCCGCCGGGACCCGUCGAAGGAGCACGAGCGAGCUGGGAACACCACGAGCCGCUCCCCCGAUGGCCACCACACCCGAACCGCAGGAGCCCCGCCCGGAUCCGUGCCUCGGACAGCCGCACCGCCACACGCCACCAGCGCCACCGCACCACAGCCGCCCCCGUCGUGGCGCCGCCGCGCCACCAUCCAAGAGCUGCGGCACGCCGCCACCACCGCAGCUCCCCCGGCCGAGGGAGGGGACGCCAGGCAUCCCGCGCGCACCGCCGGCCGCCGAACACCGAAGAGUCGCCGCCGUAGCCCGCUGGAGAGCCUCCACCGCGAGAUCCAGAUGUGUCGCACCAGAUCGACGAUGGCCAGCCUCAGCGCCGCCCCCACUCUCCCGACGAGGGAGAGGAGGAAACAGCGCCACCGCCGAGCCCGGGGCCGCCGCCCCGGCUUGCCUGCGCCUGGCCAGAUGCAGCCGCCGCCGGAUGCAGGCCUUCGUCUAGGGCCGAAGACGCGCGACGCGUGA